CUGACUGUUAUAUUAAUUUAUUUUUAUAUGUGGAGAUCUUGUUAAAGACAUAGUGAUCAUGUGCGUAUGCUAAUCACUAAAUCACCAUAUUAGCAGUCUCUUUGUAGCCAUUGUGGAAUUGCGAGCUAGUUAGCUGUGUGCUAGAAGAGGGACAGAAGCCAUACUGUUACAUAUCCAACAUGUAGCAGCUGUCGUCUUGACGUGACCAUUAAAAUGGCUUCAUGGAGAGGAAGUCUCGCGUUACCAUACCCACAAAUGUGCGUCCUAAAUUGCACCCUAGUCCCUAUGUAGUGCACUACUUUUGACUAGGGCCCAUUCGGCUCGGGUAAAAAGCAGUGCACUAUAUAGGAAAUAGGGUGCCAUUUGGGAUGCAUCCCAAGUCUCAGUAAUCACUCGGCUAUUUCCGAACGAACAUGAGGAAGCCUGGAUAUUGAGGUUAGUGGACAGGAGGCCAAGACCACCACCGUUUGGGCACAAAGCUACAAUUCUCAUUAUUGUCCUAUAACCUUUAACCUGGUAACCUCAAUUCGAAUAACAUUCUAUAAUCACUAUGCUUCUUUUAGUUCAUUUAGACCCGACCAGUUGUCUUAGCUCAGUGUAUGUUGUUGAAAUAUCCUAGCAAUGCUUUGGUGGUAACAUGAUUUGGAUGUGAUAAUAAUAGCAGAGAGAGGCCCCUGCCUGGCAUCACUGAGCUGGCAUCACUUGAGAAAGAUCUAUAGUUUAGUGGACACACGCUCACACACACUCUGGGGAACUGAGAACUUACACUGGAGCCACUUCUCUACAAUUAAAUGAGAUACUUGGAUUUUAAUUGGACUGAAUUGAAUCAAAGUGAAUUGAUUGAGUUGAACUGAACUGGAUUGGAUUGAUUGGACUGAAAUGGACCCUUGCUGAGUAGUCUGGAUUGGAUCAAGGUAUACAGACAGGAUCUCUAUGGGAUGAGCUGCUUGUUGUUUAUAUCAUGGAGAAGACAGGCCUAAUGGAAAUACUCUUCAUUACUUUCAAUCACAACGUCACUUUUCUAGGGAAGACAUGGUUGAUCUUGAUGGUGGUCCUGAGGUUACUCAUCUUCCUGUUCUCUGGCUAUCCUCUCUUCCGGGACGAGCAGGAGCGCUUUGUGUGCAACACCAUCCAGCCAGGCUGCACCAACGUCUGCUUCGACGGCUUUGCUCCCCUCUCCCUCUUCCGCUUCUGGCUGUUCCAACUGAUCAUGCUCUGUCUCCCUCACAUGAUGUUCAUCUCUUAUAUCAUCCACAAAGUAUCGUCAGCUCUUCGUAUCGGGGGGAACUAUUUAUCUGGAAGCAGAAGUCAGGCCAGAGCAGGCUCUCUGUGCACCCCUCUACACGCUCUACCAAAAGGAACACCUAACUUUCUAAGUGUCUAUCUUAUGGAUGUGAUACUGCGGAUUCUGCUGGAGGGAGCGUUCAGUGCCGGCCAGUACUACCUCUAUGGCUUCUCUGUCCCCAGGAGCUUCCAGUGUUAUGAAUUCCCCUGUACGUCCAUGGUGGAGUGUUACGUGUCCAGACCCACAGAGAAGACCAUCAUGCUCAACUUCAUGCUGGGGGCUGCCUCCCUGUCUCUUCUACUGAACUUGGCAGAUCUGGUGUGCUCUGUGCAACGGAUGGUGACACAGAGGACCAGGAGAAAGGAGCUUGGGGGAGAGUUGAAGAAGGAGGGCAGACUGUUCAUGAACGGUGGGGUUGGAGAGGACAUGGAAGUCCUGUACAACCAGAACCACAGCACCCCCAAAACUGUCCUCAAGAGAGGACAAAGUUACAUUGACAAACCAACCUCGAAUGGUAACCCAAACGGUGACCUUUCACACAGAAGAGUCAGAAUAAAUGAUGAGACUCGCGUUAGUGUGGCUGCCCCACCACUGCAGGGGAGCAGGCUGCCUCGGAGGCAACCGCCAUUUCAGCCCAUACCUAUGGGGGCUCCAUCAAGCGGUCACUUCGUUAAUCCCAACCACAUCUCCCGUUCAUAUUCCGUCCCUCUCUCCCGGCGGUUAGAGAGAGACCCAGUAGUAGUGUCACGCCAGUUUACCCCCUCACCAAUGUACAGUGGUCGGAAGCAUGGCAAGUACACCAUGGUAGACGCAACACUCCUGGAGCAGCAUUAUGAUAGCGCAGAGUCCCGUGAUAGGCUCCUGGAUGAAGUCAACCUGCAGGAAGCAAGGGGCUCCUCAAGCUCUUCCAGUGAUUCUUCUUCCUCAUCAGAUGCUCAAUAAAGUAAAUUUUUAUGUAGACCUAUGUAAUUCUAUUCAAGGCCGCAACACAACAAUGGGAGAGCUGUCUUUUUUAGUUCAACAACUUUGAUGAUUUACUCAUUACUUACACUUGAAUUAUUUUCCCCCCAAAAUGUAAUAAUAGGCUACAUUGCAUUUUGCUGUUGUGACUUUACACUUUCAGCUCUACAAACAGAAUGUGUUCACUGUAUGUGUUAGCUAACAGAAUUAGAAUGAGUGAUUCAAUUAAUGCCAGUUAGUUGACCUUCAAGAACAAUGAUGGCCGCACUCAGCUGUUGUUCAGCUCACAUGGUCUUUCAUUGGGUUCACGAACAACAGUC